CAAGAGAAGUUGCCACGGAAACUACUUGCAGUCAAGGAGGAGGGAAGUAAUUUAUUUCGAACUGGGCAAUAUGGGAAAGCUAUACUACGCUAUACUACACUAAUAGAAGAACUUGAGAAAGAUUCCAUCCACCAAAUUGUGAAUUUAUCUCUGAUGUUUAGCAAUAGAGCAGCUUGUUACCUAAAAACAGGACACAGUAAGGCAGCUAUGAAAGACUGUGAGAGAUCGUUAGAGAAUAUACCCCACACUAUUAAACCUUUAUUACGUCAUGCAGCAGCCUGUGAACAUUUAGAGAAGUACCGUCAAGCAUAUAUUGACUACUGGCAUAUUUUGAGUAUAGACUCAAGUGUCCAGUUAGCUCAGUCGGGAUCAACCAGGUUAACUAUACUUCAUCAAUUGGAUGGUACAAUCUGGAGAGAGAAGUUACCUCCCAUGGUUACUGUUGCACCUUGGGAAGUUCCUGAAAUAGUGCUAGACGAUUCUGGCAGUCGGAAGUCAGAGCUAACUCCACCACCUGAAGAUUUACCAAAUCCAGAUUUGGAGUUUGAGGAAUGUAAAAAACAGGGAAAUGGACUUGUUCAGCUGGGUGAUUUUGAGAAAGCUGUAGAAUGGUACUGUAAAUGUAUUGAGUUAAACCCUGAAAACUCUGUUGGGUUCACCAAUCGAGCCCAUUGUUAUCUGAAGUUAAAUAAGGCAGCGGAAGCUGUAACAGAUUGUAACCAAGCUUUAGCUCUAGAUGGUACAAAUUGUAAAGCUUUAUAUAGGCGGGCUCUAGCU